GGAUCCCUCCCAGAACAGAGUUUAUGGCUUCUAUAGGGAGAAAAGCAAAGACAAUGGACUGUUCAGUGAAAUGUGGCUCCCCUUUGUGACCCAGGUUUGCAUGACAGAUGUUGGUGGUCCCAAGAACAAUUUGCAGUUUACCUGGACAUCCCAGAUGAAUGCCAGGCUCUUCUGUGGAGAUCGUAACAGAAAACAGCAUUUCUCUGAAUUGGUGGAUGUUUCCACUGUGGAUGCAGAUCGAUGGCAGGAUACAAAGAUUUAUGCACUCUUUAGAAAUGAGUGGGGGAUGAGUGCUGUCUGCAUCUACACAAUAGGAGACAUUGACAAAAUCUUCACAAACUCCCCAUUCAAAGGCUACACAAAAGCUGAGAUGGACAGGCCAAGGAGGUGCAUUGAUGAUACCACCAAGCUUCCAGUGGAAACCCUGAAGAAGAUUGAAAAGACUUCAGAGAUGGAGCAGCUGGUUCAUCCUGUGGGUACCUCUGGCCUUCUUCUCUUCAAUCACCAGAACUAUACUCACAUCCAAAUUGACGACUCACCAAACAGGAGAACCAGUCACCACACUGUUAUCUUCUUAUCUUUAAACAAUGGAGGAAUUCAUAAAGUAUUGCACAAUAAAAAUGAUACCUUUCUCAUUGCCGAGUUUCGACCAUUCAGCUACACAGAACAGAUCAGCUUCAUCCUUCACCCGUCUUCUGUGAGUACCAGUGUUCCCUACAUAACAAUAUAUCCUCCACUAAACCAUAUAGGUGUGUGAGUAUGGAAAACAACUUAGAUGCUCCUGAAAAGGAACAUCAAACUUAGAUCUGUAAAUUAACUCCAGUGGAGUUUUUUGUUUGUUUGUUUUCCUUUCCUU